AUGGGCUGUUCUUGCACGAAACCGCGAAUUCGGCGAGAAGAUCCCGCGAUUCUUGCCGAACAAACUUAUUUUAAUAUUUCUGAAGUUGAAGCAUUAUAUGAUCUCUUCAAGAAAUUAAGCAGCUCUAUGGUUAAUGAUGGGCUAAUUAGCAAAGAAGAGUUUCAGCUUGGUUUAUUUGGAAGCAGCAAGAAAAGGAGCCUCUUUGGUGACAGGGUGUUCGAUUUAUUUGACUCGAAAAAUGAUGGUAUGAUAGAUUUUGGAGAGUUUGUUAAAGCUUUAAGCGUUUUUCACCCUGCAGCGCCACAACCACAAAAAGCAGCUUUUGCAUUUCGAUUGUAUGAUAUAUGGCAAAGAGGCUUUAUAGAACGAGAAGAGGUAAGAGAGAUGAUAUUGGCGCUCCUAAGAGAGUCUGAUUUAGUUCUUUCUCAUGAUAUAAUUGAGCUUAUAAUUGAUAAGGCUAUUAAAGAAGCUGAUUUGAAAGGAGAUGGAAGGAUUGAUAGAGAGGAGUGGGAAUAUUUUGUUGCUCAAAAUCCAUCCUUACUCAAGAACAUGACAAUUCCAUAUUUGAAGGAUUUGAAUAUGCAGUUUCUAGGUUUUUAUGAAGUAAUAUCAGGAGAUAUUGAAGAUAGCACAGUCGGCAUUCAGAGAGAAAGAAAAUAUCUCCUUUAG